AUGGCAAAAGGUAAUUCGACUAUUGUUUCUGAUGCGGUUCAGUAUGAUAUUCCACCUCCUGAUAAAGAGGAAUUAGAGUUAGCAUCUAUUGUUUUUGGUGACUCCUCUGGUUUCCAAUCUAAUUUGUCAAAUUUUGAUCUAAAUUUCUUAUUGAAUGAGAGAGAAGAAGAAUUAGAUGAUUUUGAAGCAAAAGAAUUUGCUUCAGAAAGUGAAGAUGAAAACAUGCACAAUGAUAUGAAUAAUAUCAAUGACGAUCAAUUAUUUUUUAUUGAUGAUGGUGAAACAAAUGAAGAAUCCAAUAAAUUCGAUGAAACUUCUGAUAAAAUGGAUCUCGAUGAUAGUGAAGGUGAAAGUGAAAAUGAUGAUGAAGACAACGACGAAAACUGUUGGUCCGAUUCAGAUGAUGAGAAGUUGAAUGUAUCUAUAACUACCUCAAAUAGGUCAAAGAAAUUAAGAACUUCUUAUCAACAAACAAAAGUUAAUGGUAAUGAAUAUAUUCGCCGUCUUAGAGCCCAAUUUGAAAAACUUUAUCCAAAACCUGACUGGGUUGAUCAAGAAUCCAGUGGUGAAAAUGAAAAUAGUGAUGAUAGUGAUAAUGAAGAUUUAGAAGGUGUGACUGAUGGUGAUAUCAAUGCAUUGACAAAAAUUUUAUCAACUACGUACCAAUAUAAAGACCAUACAAACUCCAAACUAUUGCCAUCAAAGCAGUUGGAUAUCUUACGUUUAAAGGAUGCAAAUAUUUCACAUCCUUCUAAAUCAGCUAUACAAUCAUUAUCCUUCCAUCCGUUUAAGCCACUUUUGCUUACUGGUGGUUAUGAUAGAACUUUGAGAAUAUAUCAUGUUGAUGGUAAACACAACCACUUGGUCACAAGUUUAUACUUGAAAGGUACGCCAGUUCAAACAUGUACAUUUUACGUUGCACCAAGUCAAUCGAACAAUUUUGUGAAACAAGAACAAAAAAUAUUUACUGGUGGUAGAAGACGUUAUAUGCAUUCAUGGGAUUUGACAAAAUCUUUAGUUCAAUCACAAUCAAAUAGUCAAGCAACAGCUAAAAUUGAUAAAAUAUCAAGAUUGUAUGGACAUGAAGACACCCAAAGAUCAUUUGAAAAAUUCAAAUUAGCACAUUUCUAUAAUCAUUCUUCAAAUAGUGUUCAUGGUAUUGUCUUAUUGCAAGGUAAUAAUGGCUGGAUAAAUAUUUUAAAUGCGACAACAGGUGUAUGGAUACUGGGUUGUAAGAUCGAAGGUGUGUUGAUUGACUUCUGCAUUGAUUAUAGACCAAUGGCUGGAAACAAGUUUCAAACCAUCUUAAUAGCAGUUAACACCUAUGGUGAUAUUUGGGAAUUUGAUUUAAAUAAGGAUGGUAAAGUUAUUCGUAAAUGGAAAGAUGAAGGUGGUGUGGGUAUUACAAAGAUUGAAGUUGGUGGCGGAACAAACUCUUCUAAUUUCUUCCCAGUCAGUUCAAAUAAAGUGAAGUCUAAUAGGUGGCUAGCAAUUGGUAGUGAAAGUGGUUAUGUUAAUGUCUAUGAUAGAGUAAAAGACACUAAUGCUACUCCAAAACCAAUAGCAGUUUUGGAUCAAUUGACCACAACAAUUUCCUCGUUGCAAUUCUCUGUUGACGGACAGCUAUUAUGUAUUGCAUCAAGAGCUGUAAAGGACGGUUUAAGACUGAUUCAUUUACCAACUUGCACUGUAUUCCAAAACUGGCCAACAAGUGGUACCCCAUUAGGUAAGGUCACCAGUGUAGCAUUUUCACCACGUAGUGAAAUGUUGGCAGUAGGUAAUGAACAGGGUAAAGUUAGACUCUGGAGAUUAAAUCAUUAUUAG